GCCCCCCCCGCGGGGAACCCCGCGCUUUCACUUUCGCUUUCUGCCCCCAUGGCCGCGCCGCAGGUGGAGGCUUUCCGCACGCAGCUGUGGGCCCAGGUCGAGGGGCUCCUGGCCGGCGGGUUCCCGGCGAAGGUGGCCGAGCUGCAGGCGCUGCUGCAGGAUGCCACGUUCGCCGUGGGGCCGGAGCAGCUGCGCGCGGAGCUGGACAUCGCCCUGCCCCAGCCGGGCCAGAAGAAGAAAAAGGAGAAGGAGAAAGAUGAGGAGGAUGAAGAGCCCCCCUGCGGCCCCCUGAGCCCCAACGCGACGGUGCUGGGGCUGCUGCAGCGGCUGCGGCCCCUCGUCCAGGCCGCCCGGCAGCACCUGGCGCAGGUGUCGGUCUGGCUGCAGCUGCAGGUGCCGCGGAUCGAGGACGGCGACAACUUCGGGGUGGCCGUGCAGGAGAAGGUUUUCGAGCUCUUCACCGCCUCCCGCACCAAACUCGACGGCUUCCAGGGGCGCUUGGCCAAGUACCUGCUGGAGCGAGGUGACGCCGUGGCCAAAGCAGCCAAGAACCCGCACGUGCUGGACUACCGGGAGCUGGUGCACGCGCUGGACGAGGCCGAGUUCGGGGAGCUGCUGCUGACGGCGGCGGAGCUGCGCGACCUCUACGCGGUGCUGCACGACGUCGUGCUGAAAAACAUGGAGAAAAUCCGGAAGCCGCGGGGGGAGGCGAAGGGGAUGAUCUACUGAGCCCGAUCCCGGAGCGGAUCCCGGAGCCCCGAUCCCGGAGCAGAUCCCUGGUCCCAGAUCCCGGAGCGGAUCCCCGAUCCCAGAUCCCUGGAUUCCCAAUCCCGGAUCCCCCGUGCAGCCGCGUCCUCGAUCCCGGGCCCCGGCGCGGAUCCCGGAUCCCAGCGGGGAGGUUUUUAAUUAAAAGUUACUAAACUGCACGAAUAAAUAAGCCUCCAACCCCC